ACGAAUCUCCACACAGUCCGCUUAUGCGCAUGCGUUCCAGAAAGCUAAGGAGAUUUUCGAUUCGCGCGGAAGUAGUGUGAUUGUUUUGGAGAAAAUUGAAGGGAGCUGAGUGUAAAGUGGCAUAAAAUAAUGUCAGGAAAAUCGAAAGCAUUUACCAAAGAAGAAGAGCUUCUUCUUCAAGAUUUCUCGCGGAAUGUGUCAACAAAAUCUUCAGCGUUAUUUUACGGCAAUGCUUUUAUCGUUUCGGCUAUCCCCAUCUGGCUUUUUUGGAGAAUUCACUUGAUUGACAUCUACGCUAAUUUAAUUUCCUUCGUUUUAGUAACAUUAGCGAGCACAUAUGCUCUUGCUCUCGCGUAUAAAAAUACAAAAUUCGUGUUAAAGCAUAAGAUCGCAGUAAAAAGGGAAGAUGCAGUGACAAAGGAAAUGAGCAGAAAGUUAUCAGAAGACAAGAAGAUGAGCAAGAAGGAAAAGGAUGAAAGAAUUUUAUGGAAGAAAAAUGAAGUAGCUGAUUAUGAAGCAACAACAUUCUCAAUUUUCUACAAUAAUGCUUUAUUCUUAGCUCUUGUAAUUGUAUCUUCUUUCUACAUUCUGAAGACAUUCACACCAGCUGUAAAUUAUGUAUUUUCCGUCGGUGCAACGAGCGCAUUGUUAGCGCUAUUGUCGACUGGAACUCAAUAAAAUAGAUACCGCGGGAGGAAAGAAUAAACGAAGGGGGUCAGAGUCUGGAGUAUCGAGGAACGAAAAGACGGCCCUGAUUUCGAGCCUCGCGGCAUCAUCUGCGUCUGCAUCCCAGAAAUAGCGCAAGCGCCUUUCCAAAAGCUUUAAGGCCCGUGAAGAAGCGGAUAGAAGAAGCUGACGAUUGGCUGGAGGUUGCGGGGUGCGGUCCGGCAUCGCCACGCAACCGCUAUAUCCUCCUUUUCGAAUAUUACCGCGACGAUGGCCGUUUCUCGUGACAGUGUUCGACAGACAGCAACCAUACCACCUACGUUCUAACGACGUAGAGAACGUAGAGAAUCGCCACGAUUUUCUAUUUUUCUCGUCGCGAAUAAUCAAUUUAUCAUUCGCAUUCUCCACGACGGUUUUUUUCGUCGUGUUCGAUUGUCGUAGCCGCAGUGUUUCUUAAGUUCUUUCUUUAUGAGUAAAUUCGUUUGUUAAUUUCAACAAGCAAAAAGAAAGUAAAACGUUCAAAGUAAAAAA